AUGCAUUGCUCUGGAGAGGUGCAUGCUGAUGCCAAGGAGUUGCGCAUGUCAGACGCAUACACGUGGGAGGCCGUCAUGUUCGAGAUUCAGCCCUUCCUCAAGCGGCUCAAGAAGACGGCUUUUGCGGUGCACAUCUCAGUGGAUGCAGUCGUAGCUUUCAACGGCACGAGAUUUCAAAGCUUUGGAUGCACUUUCUCGCCUCGCCCUCUUCGGCUCAACUGCAGCCGAUUUCUGUGCGGCCGGCUGCUGAGUUUCUGGAGGCCGGGCUGGGCGGCUUGGUCCUUGGCCUCGCCUCGCCUUGAGUUUUUACCCCUCCAGGUGCGCAUGACCAUGAGACGAAGUUCCUUAGGGAAGACUGGCGCGUGGGGACCUCGCUGCGUCGCUUCGGUGCCUGCCACUGCGAUUUCUUUUGCCAUUUUCCUCAGUCUCGCCUUGGUGCUGGGCGCCGGCUACUUGUUUCUCGAUGCCCUGAGCUGCUUCGUGGGAGCGGGAGCCUGA